AUCUAUCUUAUCAAGCUUCAAACCAACAAGAUGUCUUCAUUAAAAUAACUUCUUUUAAUGACUAAAAAGUUUUCUCUGUUGUCCUGACUGAUUUACCAACCUACAUUGACAGUGACACUAACCAAUAUUUCCGGUUGUUGAGGAAAGCUUUUAAGGUGAGCAAACAAAAGUUGUUCAAAAUACUGAAAAAAAACCCCCAAGUGUCCACUUUCUUUGUGAAAGUGUGUCUGCCUGCAUGCUUGUGUGGGUGGUGUCACAAACACAUAUGGAAGUUGCCAGCAUAGCACACAAACGGUGCCUUUUUGAGAAGGUAUUGGUCUGCUGACACGUGUGGGUUUCGUCUGCACCUCGCUGAACCUCACAGACCUGAAACCUGUGACAUUUCUGAGAAAUAGAUCUGGGUUAUGUGAAAGCAGGUUAAAUGGCACACCUCUUUCAUGCACCCGCAGAGACACACACACACACACACACACACACACACACACACACACACACACACACACACACACACACGCAGACACACACACACGAGAAAUGCUUCCUGAAGCUAAUUGGAACUGAUGGAAAUUUUGCGCUUGAUUUUACUCCUCCGAUACAUUGCUGCAUUGCAUAUGUUCACUGCGGGUUCCAGCAAUGAAUGCGAGGCUCCGUCAAGUCCUCAGUGCUUCAGAAGAAACAACGAGUCAAAUGUUUACGACUGUGAAUGGAGCAUGAAAACAACACAUAGAGAUGUGACAUUUGUCCUCCACUUGGGUGACAUAACAUUUGAGAGCAUUCGAGAGACGCACGCUCAGAUCCCUGAAGAAAGGCUCAUCAAAUAUCGACGUAUUGACAUUUGGGUGGAAGCAGACAAAGGAGACUCUGUUUGCAAGUCAACCAAAACCUCUCUUGUACUCAAUGAAACAGUUAAAUUUGAAGUACCACAAGACAUUUCAGUAGCCUGGUUUCAAAACCAGCUCAACGUGACCUGGAAAGCUGCAGAGAAAUACCCGGCCUUCGCUGAGGUCUGGUUUCGAAUAGAUGAAACCAAACCAUGGGAAAAGAGACUGAACACCACAGAGUUCAGGCACAGUCAGAUGGCAUACCACUUAGCUGUUGAGAACCUGCAGAAGCAUACAUCCUACCAGGUUAAGCUCAGACAUCGGACCAAAGUGACUCGCAACCCGCUGUGGAGCGAAUGGUCUCCACUCGUGAUUGUUCCUGCAGCGCUUGAAGAUAAGCUGGAGGUUAAUGUGACAUUGGAACACUUAGAAGGUGCGCGGAAGGUUACGCUCAUGUGGAAGCCAGUUCAUCAUGAAGCAGCAGUAACUGGAGUGACAUACAUCCUGAAGGACACGCAAUCUUCCGGAGGAUGCCCGUGUAAGAAGAAGACAACCCAUCUCACCGACAGGACUGAAUAUACAGGCUAUAUUUCCUACUCUCCGGUCAACUUCUCCAUGAUUGCCACAAACAAAGCAGGCUCCUCUCCCACAGCCAUCAUACAUGUACCAGCUGAACCCGCUCCCAAUUUAAAAGCUUGUAAUAAAACAUUACUGGAUGAAAAACUGAACAAGACCAACUGCCUCGAAUGGUACAGGCUUCAAGAUGGAGACUUGAGGCUAGUGGCAAGGAAGACUAAAAGAGACAUGAACGCCUUUAGAAAAAGUAUCAAGGACUAUGUGGGUUACAUUUACUUUGAGCACCUGUGCAUUAACGAGAGGCCAAAGACAGUUCAAAUGUGCCUCUAUUAUAAAAAAGAAAAUGUUCCAAAAAUAGCUCCCCAAGACUUGUUGGCCUUCAAUGAAACACAUAGUUCCGUCACACUGUCUUGGAAUGCCAUUCCCACAGAGGACAGGCGAGGUGUCCUCACACACUACAAUGUGUGCAGUGUGCAAUUAAGUUCUAAUGAUGAGCACAAACCAGAAUGUCACCGUGUUCCAGCUUCGGUGGCCAUAUACCGUCUGGAAAAUUUGAUGCCAGUAACAAAAUACAACAUCACUGUAGCUGGAGUGACAAGCGCUGGAGAAGGUCCAAAGGCCACAGUAACUCUCAACACGCAGCUAAUUAAUCCGAUGACAGAAUGGUUGACAUUUGGCUUGGUUAUGGCAUUCCUGUUUAUCUUUCUUUUAAUGGUGUGCUCGUGUAUCUGGAAAAGAAUGAAAAAGAAGAUACUUCCUCCACUACCAAAGCCUCCUAUUUUGGAGUUUGCCUCUCAGCAAACAAUGAAUCCGGAAAUGCUGGAGGAGAAGGAGGAGGUGGUGACCCUGCAGCAAUUGCACCCAAAGGAUCCAGUGGAGACCACCAUGCCGUUAAACAUUGAUAUCGAGAGGCCAAGAGUGUCUGAUGGGAGGAGGGACGAUGCUCUGAGCCCUUCUUCUAUUCAGCAAGCACUGAGGGGUUCCAAAGAGGAGGAAAUGCCAGAUCAGGAAGAAGAACAGAUGCUUGCCUUGCUGCUCUACAGAAACAGAUUGGUCUUUGAUAUGAACACAGACUAGUGUUAAAUUGCUGAAUAAGCGACGUUCUGUUUUUUUUACACUGAUAUAAUGUUCAUUAGCUCCAGAAGUUUUCAAUCAUUGUCUUAUUUGCCUUUAGUGUAUGUGUCACACCACCUCAUUUUCUAACCACAGAACCCCGUCAAAAAUCAAAUAUGUCGGGACCAAGAAGAGGUGGAGCCAUUUGUCACUGUUCUGUAUAUUUUGAAUAAAUACUUGAGUGGAAUCAAUCAA